UUAAUCAGUAGAAAGGAACAGCUUUUGGUAGAACCCUCCGGAAACCCCUGAUUCCUCCCCCGUUUUAUUAUAAACCCUUCCAAAACCAUACAAUUUAGCCAUCAAACAACACUCAUUUGAAACAUGUUUUUCUUCUUCGUAGGUGGGGUCACUCAAGAGGUUCGUCAGGUGAUCAAACAAGAAGCCGGUCGCUGCAUCAACUGCCGCUCACCCGCCGAUCUUGUCGAAACAAACAAAGUCUUGAAACUAUUUUUUGUUCCUGUUUAUCGUUGGCCCGGCAAAGACCAGGUCAUGCACUGUAACUCCUGUGGUCUCUUUUAUCCGCCGAUGUUGUCACCUGACUUUGAGCCAUCUGAAAAACCUCGGUGUCAGUUCUGCGAUAGAGCGGUCAGUUCGGAUUUCAGGUUUUGCCCAUUUUGUGGCUCUGCUCUUUGAGUUAGUUCAUAGAAAGUUAGGAAUUAUAAAAUUUAUGUAGCAUUGUUAUAACUUAUAAGAUUAUAUGUGUUUUGUUUGAAUACUUUGUUGGAGUAUUAAGUAUUAUAAAUAUAGGCAGUUUGAUCAUUCGGAUUA